GCAGUGUCACAGUGUCACAGUGUCGCACCGCUGUGUUCACGGUCUGGAGUCAGUGCGCGUCCACCGUGCAGGUCUAGUGCGCGCUCCCGUAACCAUGUCGCCAUUUUGAUUCGAAAAAUAUGACUGAGUUUUUCCUGCUUUGCAUGCUAAACUUAUCCCCGCGUUUGAAUUACUUUGCGCACUGACCCCUUCUUCAAAACAAAUCACUCCGCUCACAGGCUAAUGUGUGCUAGCUAACGCAGCUAGCUAACAGUUAGCCGUGGUAGCUAGUGACUUAGCUUGGCUGGCGGCUGGACGGACAACUGAGCAAACAGUAUAAUACACACGGAAGGAAUAGCAGAGGCAUCAUUUAAUCAAAGGUUAUGGUGAGCCUCUCAGCGUCUCAUCUCCUAAAGAGGCCUGCGUUUUAAGAGGAGACCCAUGCUGAUAAAUGCCAGGCCUCGCCACACUCUCUGUCGUCUGCACAAACACAAAUGCCUGCCUGCCCGUGGGGGAGGUCUGAUUAAAGAUAUCCACAUUUCAUCCACUGGGCUGUGUCCCCCGUCCCAGCGGCCACCAUGUUUUGGAAGUUCGACUUGCACACCACCUCCCACAUCGACCAGCUGCUGGACAGGGAGGACGUGACGCUGAGAGAGCUGAUGGAGGAGGAUGACGUCCUCCAGGAGUGCAAGGCCCAAAACCGCCGGCUACUCCUCUUCCUUUCCCAGGACCACUGCAUGCAGGAGCUGGUCAGCCUCAUCACCACCGAGCCCCCCGCCGACCUGGAGGAGCGGAGCCGUUUUAAGUUUCCCAACAUCGCUUGUGAGCUCCUGACAUCAGAUGUGUCCAUCAUAAAUGAUAAGUUGGGCGCGGACGAGUCCCUCCUUGAGGUGCUCUAUCACUUCCUGGAGCAGGACCCACCCCUCAACCCGCUACUGGCCAGCUUCUUCAGCAAAACCAUCGGCAAUCUCAUUGCCAGGAAAACCGAACAGGUGAUUACCUUUCUAAAGAAAAAGGAAGGCUUCAUUGGUCUGGUGCUGAAACAUAUUGAUGCCUCUGCUAUGAUGGACCUGCUGCUUCGCCUCAUCAGUUGUGUGGAGCCUGCCCCCUUGAGGCAGGAGGUCCUACAUUGGCUGAACGAGGAGAAGUUGGUACAAAGACUCACAGAGCUCAUCCAUACUGGCAAAGAUGAGGAGAGACAAUCAAAUGCAUCGCAAACGCUUUGUGACAUCAUCCGCCUUAGUCGAGACCAGGCCAAUCAAAUGCAGGAGAAUAUGGAGGCCGACCCACUAUUGGCUGUACUAGAGUCGCAGGACAGUGUAGCGGGGCUCCUCAAGAACAUGUUUGAGGGGGAGAGGAGUGAGGCCUCCAUUGUUAACGGAACUCAAGUGCUACUUACCUUACUGGAGACCAGGAGGUCUGGGUUGGAAGGGCUGAUGGAUCUGUAUUCUCAGGGUUAUGAAAGGUCUUACACUGUCAACAGCAGUAUUUUAAAUGCCAUUGAGCCCCAUUUAAAGGACUUCCAGCAGCUUCUUCUGGAUCCUCCCAAGAAAAGUGCAAUAUUGACGACCGUUGGCCUUCUUGAGCAGCCGCUGGGGAACGCCCGCCUUCACGUGGCCAGGCUGGUGGCCGCCCUGCUGCAGACCAGUGCCCCCACUAUCUGCCAGGAGCUCUGCAAUCUUGACACCAUGGACCUACUACUGGAUCUGUUCUUCAAAUACUCCUGGAAUAACUUUUUGCACUUCCAAGUGGAGCUGUGUGUUGCGGCAAUCCUGAGCCAUCCUUCCUCGGAGGAGCGGCCCAGCCCGGGCCUCCAGAACCACGACGGGCAGCCUGCAGAAUCCAGCCCUGAGGUGCAGGGGGAGGCAGUGGAGACGGGCAGGACCAGCGACCCACAGGCCUCCAUCCACAACGCCCUCGUAGCACAUCUCUUCCAGAAGUGUCAACUGGUACAGAGGAUCCUUGAUGCCUGGGAGGAGAACGAUAAAAUACAGGGUGAGGGCGGCACCAGGAGGGGCAACAUGGGUCACCUGACCAGAAUUGCCAACAUGGUGGUCCAGAACCUGGAGAAAGGACCAGUACAGGCCCAGAUCACUGACCUCAUCAAAGUGAAAAUGAUUGUCCCCGACUAUGCAGAGCUGCCAGAAGACUGCAGAGGUCGCUGGGAGAGCUUCGUGGAUGAGACGCUGAGAGAGACUAACAGGAGGAACACGGUCGAGUUGGUGAGCACCCACAACAUGCACUCGUCCAGUGAAGACGAUGACAUGGAGAGCCCCUUCCCCAACGACCUGUCUCUCCAGCAGGCCUUCUCUGACUAUCAAAUCCAACAGAUGACUGCCAACUUUGUGGAUCAGUUUGGCUUCAAUGACGAGGAGUUCAGCGAGCACGAUGAAAACAUAAAUGCCACAUUUGACAGAAUUGCCGAAAUAAACUUCAAUCUAGAUGCUGAUGAUAAUAGUGCCAACGCGGCUGCUUUUGAAGCCUGCUGUAAAGAGAGGAUACGCCAGUUUGAUGAUGCUGAAGAAGAGGAGGACAUUUGGGAGGAGAAGGAGAUGAACUAUGCAACACAAGCUAAAUCCAGAACAAGGUUUGGGGUCUCCCAAACCUCAGAGGAAAGCUCCAGGAGCAGCUUGGAGAACGGAGGUAGGGAGCGGGACCAGGGAUCUGAAUCUGAUGAGGACGAGGACUGUGAGCAGAACACAUCAGAAACAGGUCCAGGGUGGACAGCACAUUUCAGGGACUCUGGAGGGACUACAGCAUCCCAAACCCCAGCAGGGUGGGACAGCUCAUCCAGGAGUGGAGCAGAGACGCAGGGAAGUGGCUGGGCCACCUUCACUGAGUUCCAGCCUUUCUCCGGUACAGAGACUGAUCCCAGGUGCAGCUCUCCUGUGGACUCGGGCAGCGGUGACGCAGAAAAACAAGCCAAACCAAACCAAGAGAAGAGUGAUGUUCGUGCCUCCUCUGGAGCUUGGCCAGUGGGAGAAAGGAAGAAGGCUCCUCUCGUGGCCUCAGACAGCAGCUCAUCAGGGGGAUCUGACAGCGAGGAGGAUGACAAAAAUGCCGCUGCUGCUCCUCCCACAGCGCCCGUCGCCUCGGAAACAGCCGGCGCCCCCGUCAACAAGACAGCUGACCUCAAAAGUGAGGAGAGUCCGGUGUCUCUGGAGAAGCUCUCUCUGUCGGAUCCUCCUAAAGCGUCGGAGCAGCAGCCUGCUGAGGAUUCACCCGUUACCACACAGACAGACAGGAAAGAGGAAACGCCUCUGCCCCAGGAAGUGUCGGUCAAUGGGCCGGUCUGAGCUGCCCUGCUAAACCCAUCAGAGGCGGUGCCGCGGACUGUCGGCCUCCUCCAGAGUGACUCCUCCCCUAAAUAACCUCACUGCAACUACGGUGUUUUUUUACUGAAUCACUCGGCCAUGUUAUUGGACCUGGACACUGCCAACCGACACCAAUGAGGCGGCGGAACAUGUAAAAAAAGAAAAAAAAAUGAAAAAUGAGAAACAAACCAACAGACAGAGGAGGGUAGAGGAAUCAUCUUCAAAGCCUUUUUUUGAUGUUGCACAUAAUUACGUGCGGUUUUAAUGUAGCAGCGACAGAAUCCGAGGGGUAACAUCAUCAUUAUUAUUUUUCUAUGUCCUGAAAGAUUUCUCUCCCACUUGUCCGAAGCCGCUGGAAUCCCAUUGUUAGGGAUUUUACAUGGUCACCCCUGAAUGGAUAGCACAGGCUAACUUUUAAUGAUGCCUCAACAAUAAAUACUUUGUUUUUGUUUUUUUGGAAAACAUUUUUUUUUUCUUCAAGCUUAAGAAAAAGCACUUAUGCAGCCAUUUACUGUACAUUAUAGCACAAUGUAAGUGUUCUCCCCUCAUCUCUGCUGGCUGUCUUAUCUGUCCUCUCACCCAGAUCAAGGUUUUUAUCCUUUGGUUCCGUUGUUCUUUUCUCUCUUUGGUAGCUGUUGAUGGAACAUCUCUUGUUGUCCUUCAUCACCAGGUUUCUGAAUGUUCUCAAGUGCUUCAGGAAGGUCGAGGAGGAGGUGGAGGGGCGGGUCGUUGAACAGAGCUCUAAUAGUAUUACUGUCUUGCUCGUGUGCAAUAAUGUCAAUUAGCCAUUUAUAUUUAAAAAAUGAAAUUCAACAUUUUAUUGUCUUUUUAAAAAGAAUCAAUCUAGCGUUGGAGACUUGGAUUUGGUGUAGUUUGGGGCCCAUAAAUUUGGAUAUAAUCUCAACUUGAUCGUUCUGAUUUUUUAAAUUUUAGUUUUUGUUUCUUUUAGUGCAUGUAUAACCGGUUCUCUGUUGACCUAGCUAGUGAGCUAAGACCUUCUGAUUGUAUUGACCUUUAAGUUCUUAUUGCUACCCCCCUUAAAUCAACCAAACAUUAUCUACCUAUAUUCAAAUAUUAUCUACAUUUAAAAGUAAUUUUACAAGCAAUCUCGAGAGUACUAUUGUCUGUUCCUUUUUUCUCUCUCUCCACCAAGCACUUACUCACAGGGCGAGAGUGGCCUCUGGUAAGAGUGAUGCUGUAUGUUUGUUUUUUAAGUUUUAAUUUUAUUUGUCUCUGAGCAGCAGGAUUGGAAAGAGGGCAGGUCUGGGUUCUGCAGAGCUCCAGGCCUCUUUGGUGUACUUCAAUCAUUUGACAGCGAUCAGGUUCUACGAUCAUUGUUAAAAAACAAAUUUGAAAUUAAAAGUGUCUGGUUGACCACAUUAAUACCAAAAGCUUUGCUUUGCCCGUCUGGUUGUUGUCUUUCCACCUCUGCAGAGAUCCAGCUGCCUGUUUGUGUGACGUUCAGUUUAAAGACCCUGCACUCCCCACAGCUCCUCUGGUGGAUCAGACCUCUGUGAGGUCACUGGUCUCUAUAUGGAGAUGAUAAAAGGUGUAGCUUGUCCCCACUCCCCCAACAGGUGCAACAAAGCUGUCAGGAGAGUGACUGAGACAAGCACAUACCCCAGAGAGGAGGUUUACAGGGAGGUCAGAGGUCAGCCACUUAACAACAUACCACUGUGUGUGAGGUAUUUUAUGCUCAGGACCAACUGAUGCUGGUGUGAUCAAAGUCAUAGAGGUGCUGUUUGUGGUUAAAGGGAGAGUUCAGAUGUUUACAAGUGUUUGUAUGAGAUACUUCUCCAUCGUCAGUGUAUUAACACAGUAGAUGUAGCAACUUGCUGCAGUGGACGUAAUUUAAACACCUAAGAAAUAAUCUAUAUCAGUCUAAGUCUUUAUAUUUAGAAUAUGUUAAUGGUUUACUUUAGAAGCUGUUAUAUCCAUCUAUGCUCUCCUCAAAGCCACUAGACUUCAUUUUACCUCACAGAACACUGAAGCUUCUGGUCCACUGCUGCCUCGAUCGGUUAGUUAGUUUGUAUUAUGUGACUUUGGUAAAUCUGAAUUAACCCUUUAAACCUCCAAAGUCACCUGUAUAACUACUAACAGGUCUAGGGUAUACACUUACUAAAGAUAGGUACCUGCUACAACCCCACAUAUCUGAACUAUCCCUUUAAAAAGGACAGGGCAGUGUACGACUUUUCACAGAACAAAGUCCUAGUCAGCUGAACGGCAGAUUUUUCAUGUUUAGUCCCUAAACUAGAAAUUGGGUUUAUAUUUCUGUUAUAACCACUUUUCCAAGCGUAUCCUUAUUUUAUAUACAUUUCUAAAUUCAAGGCAGCCAUUGAUUUCAAUAUAUCUCAGUGCAAUAUGAAAUUCAACUUGUAGACACCUGAGAUAUGGAAUUGAUCCUAGUGAAAAUAGUAAAAAAAUCGUAGCCUUAAUGUUUCCAGCAUUUUUUCUAAUGUCGGAAAGCAACGCGUGAAAUGUGAGUGUCCUGCUUGCAACCUUCAGAUCUUCACAGCAAAAAAUGGAACUUUGACCAAAUAAAGAAGCAGCCAGCAUUCACAGAUGUGGAUU